ACCAUAGGGUUAUUGAAUAAUAUUGUGCCAUACAGCUACAUGCACUUAACCAACGCAUCCUAAUAUGCAACGUAUAUUAAAGUCUAUUCAAUUUUAUACGAGUAAAUAGAGUUUUAGACGUCAACUGAAAAGCCAAACACUCACCAGUUUAAGUCACAGUUUAAAUCAUAUACAGUACAGUUCAGACUCUGCACUCGCACAGAUGCUGUCACUGAAGACUCACUCUCAUUUGGAAAAACUUGAAAAUCUUAUCGUGACGCAGACGCAUGACUGUAAUCUCUGCUGAGUGUUCACUGCACACAGACAGCACUGAUGCCUGGCUCAGACUAGUCACUCUGUGGCUACUCAUUGGACAGCACUUCUCGGCAGGUAAUUAAUUUAUUGUGUCAUUGUAUUGUAUUGUAUUGUAUUUAGCUUCAACUUUGAUCUUUGAAUUAAUCUCAUCUGAUUAAGUGUAAAAUAAUUUAAAUAUAUGUACAAUGCAGUAUAUUCAGUUACACAGCAGUUUAUAAGUCACACACUUAGUAUCUCAGACUUGGUAGUUUGCAGUAUUAGAUAAAACCUUUAAAAGAAGGGUUUUGUUCAAUGCUGUUAAAUGUUGUUAAUAAAUUAAAUAUAUAUUAACUUGGUUUUCACCCUAGGAUACUGUGCAAGCAUCAUAAAUAUACACAGAGUGAGAGGAGUGAACGUGUAACAAAACCAGUUUGAUAAACAUCAGAAUGAGUGGAAUGACUGAACCCCUCCGCCAACCUUUAUCACAGUUUCACUGCAUGUUGAACCUUAAUAACAACAAUAUUACUACUACUAUUACUGCAAGUAAUAAUACUGCACUUAUCUGCACUUAAGUAUGGAAGAGGCUCAAUCUCUGCUGCGGUCAGAGGAACACAGAAACAAGGUUGCUCACCCUGUGGGAUCCAAGGGGGUGGAAGACUUCAGGCGUAGACUGAAAUACUUCUUCAUGAACCCCUGUGAGAAAUACAGAGCCAGAGGUCGUAAACCAUGGAAGCUGAUGAUACAGAUAGUGAAAAUAGCCAUCAUCACAAUUCAGUUAGUGACUUUUGGUCUGAGCAAUGAAAUGAUGGUGACCUUCAAAGAUGAGAAUCUGAUGGCCUUCAGACAUCUGUUCCUGAAAGGAUAUAAAGAUCAUGGGCUUGGAACCUAUGUGCUUUAUACAAAGGCAGAUGUCUAUGAUCGCAUCUACUACAUCAUCGACCGGUUCUUAGGAAUCCAGAACCUGACUGUUGGCAACCUUGCCUACGAGAGGGUGAAUGGACAGUUUACUCCUCUGUCUCUGUGUCAGGAAUUUUACAGAAACAGCAGCAUUGAUCCGGGCAAUGAGACCUUUGAUAUUGAUCCACAUAUUGAUAAAGACUGUAUUUCUGUGUACCCCGGGGAGUCAACUGAAAACAACAAUUUGGCCUCACCAUUCAACUUAUCCUUAGAUUUCAAAAGACUGCUGUCGGUGAACGUCUACCUAACACUGAAAACUAUCAAUCUGCAGACAGUGCGGCACAACGAGCUACCAGAUUGUUAUGACUUUCAUACCAUGAUAAUGUUUGACAACCGUGCACACAGUGGAAAGAUACAGGUUGAUGUAGAAUAUGAUGUCAGAAUCUAUGAGUGCAGGGAAUGGAGUGUGGAAGGCACUUCUGGGAAGAUUGAUUAUCUUCUCUUGUGGUUUGACUCUGUGGUCAUCCUCGCCUGUUUCACUUCUCUUCUCCUCUGCACACGAUCUGUCAUCAAAGGUGUCCAACUACAGUUUGAGUUUACCUCAUUCUUCCAUUCACACUAUAAUAAAGAUGUCACUUGGGCAGACCGCAUGGAGUUUGUGAAUGGCUGGUAUAUUCUCAUCAUUGUUAGCGACACACUGUCCAUCACUGGGUCAGGGCUCAAAAUUGGAAUACAAACUAAGUUUAUGACAGACUAUGAUGUGUGCAGCAUCCUGCUGGGAACAGCCACUAUGCUGGUCUGGGUCGGUGUGAUCCGGUACCUAGGUUUCUUUAAGAAGUACAAUAUUUUGAUUUUAACCCUGAGAGCGGCGUUCCCAAAUGUAAUUCGGUUCUGCUGCUGUGCCGUCAUGAUCUAUCUCGGCUACUGCUUCUGUGGUUGGAUUGUUCUUGGUCCUUAUCAUGACAAAUUUCGGACAUUGGACAGGGUCACAGAGUGUCUUUUUUCACUCAUCAAUGGUGAUGACAUGUACGCCACCUUCCUGCACAUGAGAGAUAAAAGCUACAUGGUGUGGCUUUUCAGCAGAAUCUACCUCUACUCCUUCAUCUCACUCUUCAUCUACAUGGUGCUCAGUCUCUUUAUCGCCCUCAUCACUGACACCUACGAGACCAUCAAGGUCAGUGUAAAUCAACAUCAUCAGCAAGAUAAGUUGCCAGUGUCCCAGCUUCAGGCCUUCAUAGCAGAGUGCAGGGACCAGCCUGAGUCUGGGAGAUAUCAGAGUGACGAAGAAUCAGAAGAAUCCUGCUGCUUUGGAUGAAGUGAGGACAGUUCAUAUAUGUAUUUGGUUCUAAGAGAUCAGCAAUUUUAAAAAGCAAAUUGUAAAAAGGGCAGCAAUUGCCCCUUUAUCCCUACAAAAUUAUUUUUUUAUAUAUUAAUGACCUAUAAUUACUUCUAAAGUCCACUUAAAGCUAGAUUUUCCUUUCGAAACCUCUUUUUUUGUGUAAAAUGUGUUGCUAAAUGCUUCAAAGUACAUCGUAACCCUUUAUUCUCUUGAAAUGUACAUUUAUUUUGUUUUCAAUGUCUGUAUUUAUAUAUUGGUGAAUGUUAUUUGUGUUUAUUCUAACUGUCUUGCUUGUCAGAUUGUGACAACUUAAUUUCCAAUAAAUUACAACUUUAUUUU